UCCCCUAAAAUCAGCUUUGCGUUUCCGGAAAACACGAGAUUGAUGAUUGCAUCAUGGAAGACAACGAUGUAAACCGGUCUGAAAUUCAGGAACAAAUCAAAGUACAAGGAGAAAUUGUUCGAAAACUAAAAGCAGACAAAGCAGAUAAAGAUAAGAUCAGUGAAGAAGUUGCCAAGCUGUUAGACCUCAAGGCAAAGCUUGGAGAUGAACCUCAAAAGUCGAAAUUUAUUCUUAAAUGUCCCAAAGGGACAAGGGACUACAAUCCCCAACAGAUGGCCAUACGAGAGGGAGUAUUCAACACUAUCAUCAAGUGCUUCAAACGCCACGGCGCUGAAACCAUUGACACACCUGUGUUUGAACUUAAGGAAACACUCACAGGUAAAUAUGGAGAAGACUCGAAGUUGAUCUACGAUUUAAAGGAUCAAGGGGGAGAACUCCUAUCUCUACGAUAUGACCUGACUGUUCCAUUUGCAAGAUAUCUUGCAAUGAAUAAAAUUCAGAGUGUGAAGCGUUACCAUAUUGCCAAAGUUUACCGCCGAGACAACCCGGCCAUGACAAGAGGCAGGUUUAGGGAAUUUUAUCAAUGCGAUUUUGACAUUGCUGGUCAGUAUGAUGUGAUGAUUCCAGAUGCUGAAUGUAUCAAACUGGUCUCAGAAAUAUUAAAUCAGCUGGAACUAGGAGAUUACAUUAUAAAGAUUAACCACAGAAAGGUCCUGGAUGGGAUGUUUGCAGCCUGCGGUGUUCCUGAUGAUAAGUUCCGGGGAGCCUGCUCGGCUGUGGAUAAGCUAGAUAAGACAUUUUGGGAAGAUGUCAGAAGUGAAAUGAUUCAGGAGAAGGGAAUUGACCCCAUUGCUGUGGAUAAAAUCGGAAAGUUUGUAGGACUUCAAGGGAGAACGGAGUUGAUUGAUAAACUUCUAGAAGACGAGUCCAUUAAAGCCCAGAAAUCUGCAGUGGAAGGGCUGGAAGAUAUACGAAUUCUUCUGAAAUAUCUGGAAUUGUAUGGAAUAACAGACAAGGUUGUAUUUGACUUGAGUCUGGCUCGAGGACUAGAUUACUACACAGGUGUCAUUUAUGAAGCAAUUUUGCAAGGCUAUGCACACACACCAAAGUCCGGUGCUGAGGGAGACGAGAGUGUCAGUGUUGGCAGCGUGGCAGGUGGUGGCAGAUACGAUGGUCUUGUGGGCAUGUUUGAUGCCAAAGGCAAAAAGGUGCCCUGUGUGGGAGUCAGCAUUGGUGUAGAAAGGGUCUUUGCAAUCAUGGAAUCUCGAGCCCUGGCUUCUAAGUUGAAGACCAGAACAACAGAGACAGAAGUGUAUGUUGUGUCUGCCCAGAAAAAUCUGGUGGAGGAAAGGAUGAGGAUCUGCAAGGAAUUGUGGGAUGCUGAUGUAAAGACUGAGCAAUCCUACAAAAGGAAUCCCAAAGCCUUGGAUCAGUUCCAGUAUUGUGAAACCAACUGUAUUCCCAUAGCAAUAAUCAUCGGUGGAUCUGAAAUCGAGAAUAAAGUGGUCACGCUCCGAAUAGUUGGCACCAGAGAAGAGGUAUAUGCAAACAAUUAUAGUACUGAACUAGUGGGAGGUAUUGGAGGGAUAGUGUUUGUGUAUCCAUUGUAUUGCAAUCAAAUUUUAGCACAAAUUGUAGACAGAUAUUUUACACAAUCAUUGCUAAUUAGCUCUGUUAAUAAUUUGCAAUAAUACUAUUGUAGUAUCUUAAUAUUUUAGUGUUGAUCAUAGAUUUGCACAUUUGUGAUUGUGCAAAAGUCUGCAAAGAUAUAAAUUCUGUACUACUAAUAGAUAAGUUAACUAGUGAGGACAUUUGUGUAAGGAGAAUAAAUACCAGGGUGAGGUACAUGAAUGAUAGGGGUAUGAGAAAGAAUAGUUUGGAACCAGAGAGGGAGUAUGACAAAGGUUAGUGGAGAGACAAAGGGAGUAUGACGGAUAGUGGAGAGUGAGAGAGGGGUAUGAGAAAGGAUAGUGGAGAGUCAGAGAGGGAGUAUGAGAAAGGAUAGUGAAGAGUCAGAGAGGGAGUAUGAGAAAUGAUAGUGGAGUCAGAGAGGGGGUAUGAGAAAGGAGUGGAGAGUCAGAGAGGGAGUAUGAGAAGGGAUAGUGGAGAGUCAGAGAGGGGGUAUGAGAAAGGAUAGUGGAGUCAGAGAGGGGGUAUGAGAAAGGAGUGGAGAGUCAGAGAGGGGGUAUGAGAAAGGAGAGUGAGAGAAUGAGUAUGAGAAAUGAUAGUGGAAAAUCAGAGAGGGGGUAUGAGAAAGGAUAGUGGAGAGUGAGAAA